AUGGAAAAAAAGACAAGGUUGCACGUUAAAAACUCGUCUUCAUGUGUGGCAGAUCUCUGCAGUGAGCUGCUGAGGCUAUGUGAUGUCCGUCCAGAUGUCUGGAACAAAAUGAAUUAUUUUCGUAGCCUUUACGAAAUCGUAACGAAAAUCCGUGAUCUUCAGAAGGGUGCAUCAAUUUCUCGUUUGGUUUUAUCGGGGGAUCGUGAAUUACGACUUAAAGCUCUCCAGAAACGCUACGAGGAGUGUUUGUACUUUCCUCUAUCAAUAUGCAACUGUGGUGAAGCUGGAUUCGGUGUACGCGCAGACAAGUCGAUUGAGAAAAAUAGUCCGCUCCUUCAUAUUCCUCUAAGGUAUGCGCUUUCAGUUCCAAAUGUGAGCUCCCCACUCCGUAUGUUGAAAUGUCCCGCCAAGUUCCUCAAGGAAGAUCCCCUAUUUUCUGGAAUGGAUAACGUUGCACUGGCUAUUGCUUUGCUUCAUGAACUGUCUUUAAAUGAGAAGUCAAGGUGGAAGGAAUAUAUCUCCUCACUACCAGGUGUCUACUCAACGGUUGCCUACUUCUCUGACGCUGAAUUCUCGAUCCUCGAUGGUUUUCCUGCAGCAGAUGCUGCGCUGAAAGCUUAUAGGAACAUGUGUCGCCAGUACGCAUACUUCUAUCGCCUUUUUGAACGCGUAAAGCAGAAAGAUUCUUUACCGGUUUACAUGAAACCGUUUUGUUUCGAAGACUACCAAUGGGCUAUUUCAACUGUAAUGAGUCGCAACAACGCAUUGCCAAUAAAGGGUGACAGUGAUGGAAAAUUGCUUUGUCUAAUUCCCUUGUGGGAUAUGAUUAAUCAUAAACAAUAUCAAGUACGUUUUUUUGGUUGUGUAUAUCAAUGCAGUCAUUCGUAUUUUUCGAACCCUUACUCAUCGUCUAAGUGGCAUUUUUUGCCGUUUUUCAAAUUGUCUUAG